GGGCCAUAUCAUAGUAUCGUAUCAUGUUGUAGCCGGGAGGCAUCCCCCACAUAGGCAGGGGAUUCAGGUUCAUUCGGGUCCCCUCACCCCACACCCUGUUCUCUCGCUCAGUUUGACAUGUUUUCCCCCCACUCCUUCCUUCUCACCAUAGCCAUUUGCAAGAUUUGUCCUGCCUUCUCAGGGGACAAACAUCGUCUGCAUGACCACUGAGACCAUUGGAGAGUGCAGCGCUGAGGACAAGGAUUGAGCCAACUUGAUGCUGGAUAUGGUUCUACAGGACCCUACCAGCUGGCUGAUGGAUGUGCCAGAGACUCUGGAGUUCAUCCAGAGAAACCUGGGAAGCAAGAGUGCAUCCCUACAGCAGACCCUCUUCUCAGUGCUGGGUGUCCAGGGAUGUGCAGAUGAGCGUGCUGACUGACCUUCCACACAGUGACAGCACCACCCUGGACAUCUGGAAGAGAAUACUCUCCCUGGCAGAAAAUUCAGAGUGCAUCUUGGAUGUACUGUGCAGCAUUCUCCAGGACCAAGAGUUGUGUGGGAUCUUUAACAUCACCCCAGCGGAGUUGGACCUCCUUCAGCUGACUCUGAUUCAUCCCACUGAAGAGAACCUGCAAGAGCUGUGUAAGCCAGCACUGCUCCAGAGGCUUCUGAAGAUUGAAAGCCUGCCAGUCCUCUGGCUGGUGCUCAGAGGCCUUGUCCUGCUGUCUGAGAGACCUGAGAUGGCAAUAGGAAUACGGGACCUGCUGCCAGACGUCAUGAAGACCUUGAGGUUUGCCAACACGUCCAUUGCUCUCAAGGCGAGCAAGAUCUCCAGAAAUGUGAUGACUCAUGUGGGGAAGAGAGAGGCCCAUCCCAUUGUUGUGGAGCUGGCUGAGAAGCUCCUGCCUCUUUUCAGUCGUGUGUCAAGUGAAGUGCAAGUAGGUUCCAUCCUCCUCUUCAAAGAUGUGAUGGAAGCUGUCAUGUGGUGGCAGAAGAGAAACAUGAGGAAGACUGUGCACAGGGGCCUGCUCCCUCUGCUCUUUCAGAUGAGCGAUGAGACCCCAAGUGUUGCAGAGGCCUCUGGAGAAGCCCUCGUACGUUGUGCAAAGUUCCUGAACUGGAAGGAGCUCAAGCGCCAGGCCAAGAGAAAGGGAAAAAUGGAGAUCAAGGAGUGCUUGCUGCGGCAGGACAGGCAGACGGCGAAUGAAUACCUUUGGCUGAGCCUGCCAUACCUGCAAAAUUCUCAGGCCUCUUUGCGAUAUGAGGCUGUUGAAUUCAUUGGGCUGGCUUUGCAGCACUCCGGACACCAAAGCAGGGAGAAGCUGAAUGUAAUUUGCAGUGCCCUCCAGCCUUUGAGAGGCGAUGCCCACCCAGCAGUCCGUUCUGUGGCAACUGGAAUAAUCCAGAGAUGUCAAGGCCAGAAGGCAGAACCACCACAGAGGAGGCUCAUAGGGAUGUGCUGCUGGCCCUGCUGAGCCAGCCAUCUGUCGUUAUCAAGAUGACUCUGAUUAAAACUGGGAUUACAAAGCCAUUCCCUUGCAUGGGGAUACAGAUCCACAUCCAUGGCCUUGAAUGCCUCCAGAGAUGGGGUAUCCACAGUCUCCCUUGGCAACCUGUUCCAGUGCGUCACCACCCUCUGGGUGAAAAAUUUCUUCCUUAUAUCCAACCUAAACCUCCCCUGUCUCAGUUUAAAACCAUUCCCCCUCGUCCUGUCACUAUCCACCCUCAUCAACAGCUGUUAAUCAAUCAAUCAAUAAAAUUUUUAAAAUGUCCUCCCCACAGUGAAGUCUUUGAAUUUCAUGUGCCCAGCAGUCCUGAACUGUCCUUGUCUUUUGCAUGGAAAGCAGCUACCGAGGUGUGAGGAGGAUUUGUUGGCUGCUGGUGGCAAAUGUGAGCGUACCUUGAGGCUGCAGUGUUCAUGCUCAUGUCUCACCUGGUUUCAUUGCCACGUCUCACAGGUGCAAGGUAAUCACACUCCACUGCUCCAAAAGUGACGCCUCCUAUUUAUUUCCAUGGGAACAACAACCACUACAAGGAGCGCAAUAACACUGUUUGACUGAGCAGUUCUCAGCUCCAAAAUGCUAUUUUUCAACACAGUCACCACCAUCAGCUCUGUAUUUUUGCCAGCGAUGAACAAGAGCCUGUAUGCCACGCCUGAAAAUAUCUGCACCAGUGGAGUUGCCUCGCUGCCUCUCUUGCCACUGCUGAAACGCACCACCCGCCACCUCACCGUGCGCACACCCACGGACUGGUCUCCGUAGGCGUUCAGCAAGCAUUGAUGACCAUCACUGGGUGCCUUUUUUCUGCGCAGAGGAAUUCACUUUCACACUUCUGCUUCAUCUGCACUUCCAUGUCAGACACGGUUCUGUCAGAUUGCCCGUCUGCUGUUAUCUGUCACACAGCAACAAAACGUAGUGGGAUAUUGGUGGGAAGGUUCAACCUCUACUGCCACACCGCCAACAUGUGCCUCUGGUGUUGUGGGCCAACAGCAUAAAAUAGGAGGCAUUAUUUUUGGAGCAGCCAUUGCUGUAGGAAAAGAGAAGCCUCUGAAGACCUUGUGAAAAGACUAAUGGAGGUAUGUGCUGAGCUUCUCGUGCAUUACUGGAGAGAAAAGAGUAUGAUAUGUUAAUUGUUACAGGCUGACUAAAAGAAUAAAAACCGUGCCACCAGCUCACAUUCAGCUGGCUUUCUGAACAGUUAGGCUUAUAAUAUAACAUAAAUGGACUGGUAAGAUUCAUAGAUACAGGCAGAGGAUUGAAGGCAUCCCUGUACUUGUGCUCUGUGUCCUCUUGAGAUUCUGCUUAUGUAGGUAGAUUAAAACAGAAUUCCAUAUUCUAUGAGUGAGGAGUACCACUCUAAAUGACAAAGCUUAUUGACAUCUAGUUAAGCUCUAGAUUUUUGUUUGGAGUGAGACUCAACAGAUUGGCCUUGGAAAUUGUGAACUACAUAGAAAUAACAAAUUGAAAUUCAGACUGUUAAGUGUACUCAUCAGAUUUGAUAACCAAGUAUUAUGAGACAAAAAUAAACAACCUAAUUACAGAUAGUGGUUGAGGUCUCAAAAAUGGGGAAAGAGGAAAAGAGGUCAUGAGAAAAAAAUGGUGAUGAGAAAAUUGAGUUUGAAAUUAGACUUCUAAAAUCUAAGGAAGAAGCCCGGACAGCUGAAAUAAUAAAUGAGCUAAGUAAGUGUAUUGUAUUUACUAAUAUUAAUCAUAUGUAAUUCAUGCUAUAAAGGGCCCUAUGAAGUCAGAGUGUGGGAAAUGUAUCUGUAAGUGAGAGGGGAUAAAAGUGAUUGUCAGCAAUGUUUUCAAUGAAGAAUUUGCUCUCUAGGCAAACAACUACUAUAUAAACUAUCUUUUUUUUUUUAAUUAAAGCAGUUCAUUCUUGCUUUCCAGCACAAAUAUAGAAAAUGUAUCUUAAAACCUUUUGUCAUGAGCUAAAUUUUAUAUUGAAAGCAUGAACAACUGUCAGGUCCUGUUUAUUUCAUCAGAGGUUCAGGCUGGAUGUCAGGAGAAGGUUCUUCAUCAGGAGGGUGUUCAGGCACUGGAAAAUCCUCCUCAGGGAAGCAGUCACAACACCGAGCUUGCUGGAGUUCAAGAAGUAUUCAGACAAUGCUCUCAGACAUAUUGUCUGAUUUUUAGGGAUCCUGUGUGUAGCCAGGAGUUGGACUUGAUGAUCCCUGUGGGUCUCUUCCAACUUUGUAUAUUCUAUGAUUUUAUGAUUGCCCGAAUCAUCAAGUGAAAUAAUCUUACAUUUGCAACAUAUGUCCUUACAUCUAAUUGCAUAUGCUCCAUUUAUGGUCAAUUAAAUCCUUUUGAACAUGGUUCAUUUCACUGUGAUGCAGGUGGCUAAAACAGGCCAGGCAGAUAACAUUUUAGAGUACCUUUUCCUUUCUGCUGGCUAUUAACUGAGCCUGCAAGAUGCUUCCAUUUUACAUGACUAACGUUAGACCACUGUGUUAGGUUUAUGGGACAUGGUUUUGUUUGUUUGUUUGUUUGUUUGUUUGUUGUUUGUUUGUUUUGGAUGAGUUUGGGGACCGGUGGACUCUAUGAGAAGAUACUCUUUGUCAGAUAAGAGGCAGUCCCAGCUCCUCCAAAAAUAAUCUGCUGCUGAGUCCAGAGCUGAUCGAUGAGCAAUGCUGGUUGCACCUCAGGGUGAACACAUUUAAGGAAAGGUAAAAAAUGCUGCUUAAUAGUAGUGAGAGAGAUGUGUGAGAGAAAUGUAAAAGAAACAAACCUGCAGACAGCAUCAUAUUUUCUACACUUGUCUUUCUGAAAGGAAGUGAGAGCAUUGCAUGACGUAAAAGCACCACAACCGUCUGCAUGCUAUUAGCAGAAUGGCAGCAUGCAACAACAGCAGAAUAUGAACCUGUAGUUUAAUAGAAGCUGUAGCUGACAGAAAAUAUGAGGGACUGUGAUCAUGGCUUACUUGUCUUUGCUUCACACCAGGCAUAUCCAACCCACAACCUCCAGGCUGCAUGCAGCUCUGCCCCACCAAGCAGCCUGAGGGAGCCCUGGGAGUGCACCUCACCCCAUUGCUCACUGACAGCCAAAAGUAGGUGUGCUGUAAACUGAGCUGGGACCAGGGCAGUGUGCAGUGAAGUGCUAACUCAAGUUAUAGCAGAUAAUUCUAUACUUUUGGAUUAGUUGGCUAAACACAGUCCUGUGAGCAGCAAAAAAUACGCAACCGUGCUUUCCAUGCCAGUAAAGGAAUUUCAGAACAGGUUUCAAGAUUGCUGAAAAACUGCAAUUUCAAUUUGCACUGAUCUGACAGAAUUUGUAUCUGAAACAGACAUUCUGUGACAUCUUUUGUUCAGGGCAUAUAUCAACUUGGAAGUAAUACUUUUGUGUAGCACAGAGUUUGAGACAGUGGAAAACUUUUGUGAUGGCAAGUGUCAGAAUACUAUCUCUUCUAAACUGUUGCUGCUUUAUAGGUAUGCAGAGUUUCCUCUGUAGGACUUCUCUUUCUCCUGUAUGUCAUAAUAAUUAGGCCAAAGGAUUAUACCAGCAUAGGAACAAAGGUUUUCUUAAGAAAAGCAUGAGGGGAAGGUGGGAAGGGGAGCUGGUUGUAAUGUAAAUAGUUACCUUCUGGUUUAUCUUUCAGUUCUCUUACUUACAGCUUUUGUACCCUUAGUGAUGUUGCUAAAGUUGUGGUUGCUAAGGAGAUACGAUUCAAACACCCAGGUAACUGAUUUCCAAAUGAUGAUAUUUGCUGCACUCUUGAGCCUGAAACCUUCAGAUUCAUAAAACACUGUGAGAUUAAGACCUAAUUAUUUUUUACUACUGAUUGUCAAAUGAGAUCGAUGAUAUUGAUAUUGGCAAGAAACAGCCUUUAAGAAGAGACUAUCUACUGUGGCAAUCUCUUCUCUUUAAGCUGAAAAUAAUAGGUUUUCUCUUUUGCAUGUAAAACAAAGAAAAUCUAACACAUCUAGUUCCAGGUGGUUCAAAGAUAAUGAAGUAUAUCCAUAUCGACUGAAGCAUGCUGGUUCUCAAGGUGUCUUUAUUCUGCUUGUGCAUAUUCAGGCAUUUAUGUUAAAAGGAAAAAGUGAAAAAAAAAAAAGAUAAGGUAUUCUGAACUAUAUUUAGAAGAAGAAAAAUAGCAUGAAACUGAAAGAAGUAAUAAAGUUGGGCAAACUUUCCAAUGAAUUUCAGUCAGCACAGUGUAUCUAAAUUCUGUGUGUGUCUUUGAAGAUCACAGUUUCCUUCAGGUCACACAAUUAUAACAGCAUUGGAUAGAUAUCUCAUUUUUUUUCACAUGAGGCAGCCAUACUUUCAAAACAGCUUUCUGCUUAUAAGGAACGACUCAUCUGUUUAAAAUGAUGAAAGUACUCAUAAAGAGCAUAGCUUUUCAUUUAUUCCUGCAGAGAAUUAGGAAAAAUUAAAGAACAUUGACAUUCAUCAUAGAGUGUGUAACUUUUAUGCCAUGAAACCGAGACCUGUUAUCAUGGAAUUCCAUUGUAUGGAGAACCUGCAAUUUCGUUGCCAUUUCACCUGAUGGUUUGGGUUCCUUUAUGCAGCUAAGAUCAGAAUCUCAUUGUUUACUUGAAAUUAUACUCUUAACAGAAGUCUUUUUUUCUUCUGAAUUUUCACUUAAGAUUACUAAGAUUGUUGUCUUUUCAUAGAAUCAUGGAAUUACACAUCACAAAUAGCUUGGGUUGGAAGGGAUCUUAAAGAUAAUCUGCUGUGGGCAACAUUGAAUCUAAAUCUCCUCUUUAAGUUUAAAAACAUUACUCUUUGUCUUGUCACUACCGAGACAGCUAUCAGGACAAGGACAUCUUGCAAGAGGAUCUCAUCCAAUAAUUCCAUAAACAGCCAGAAGUUCAUUCUUCUGAAGUUCAGGGGUCCUGACUUUGCUUUUUGCAAGACGCUCAAGAUCACAAACUCAUGUAUUCCUCAAGAUCACAAACUCAAGCAUGAUGGCCACAGCCCAGAGUGUCUCAAGUAUUAUCCUCUUCAGUGACCUCUGCAGUGUGGAAUGAGCUAUUGUGACCAGAAUCUGUCCAAGAAAGCCCAGAAGCAAAGUAGCGGCAAGCAGAGGUGGCUGGCAGAAAACAUGACUAGGUGACAUCUGUUUUUCUGGAAUCAAAGGCAUUUCACAUGCAUUAAUACAGCCUCAAAGCACCUCUGUAAGUUGAUUCAGUCUUAUUAUUAAGAAUCUUUAUGUUGCAAAUGCAUCUCGUCUUAAUUGGCACAAUAAGCAAUGGUUAUAGAAGUAAUGGCAACCCCUUAUCCUGUCCACCUGACAUACAUGUUAGACUAAUUGCAGAUAAGUUGAUUUUAGAUACAUAUUCCAAUUUUUGACGUCUUUCUUCCUUGUUCAUGCUUGAAGAAACAAAAAGUCAGUAAAUGGUUACUUCAGGUAUAGAUAUAUGAGAGACAAAGAGGUUUCAAUCCCAAAAUGCUAGUCUUUACUUUUUAACUUGUUUCCUGUAGUUUCUAUGACCAGUUCCUUUUGGAAAUUACCCAGUGGAGAACAGACAUAAUUCCAUAUGUGUUAGUCCUGCUUUUCUGAAAACAAAUGUGGCAAUAUUAUGACAACUUCAUCACUGCUUCAUUGUUAAAGGAUCAAGAAUACAAGCAUGUAUAGAUCACGUCUUUCACUUGUGCACUGUCCAUCUAUCUUUCUCCUAUUACUGUGCAAUUUGAAAUACAGAGGAAUGACUGUAUACUUUCCUGCCUCCUUUAAUUAUAUAUAAUAAGCAUUAUCUGUUUGUUUGUUUGUUUGUUUGUGGGAUUUCAGAGCCACUGUGGAAAUAAAUACUUGGAAGACAGAGGAAGAAAAAUGAAAAGGAAGGAAAAAUUUGGGUUGAAUAUUGUCUUGUUCCAUCCAUUUUAAUUUUGUAAGGACCGUGUCAAAGAGCAUCCUAACACUAUGUUUAACACUCCCAUGUAUGUGCCGCAUUCCCGGUGAAGUCUGGAUUACAUUUCAGUUUUGGAACUGCAGAGAAUUUGAAAUCAUACAAAACCUUGCAAAUGACAUUGAGAUUUAUCAAAGCACUGGUCUAAAAUAAAAGUGCCAAAAAAGAGCUACAUGUUAAGUAGUGUUUUUAUAGCUGUAAUAGUUUACAUAUGUGAGUCAAGAUUUAUAGAGAGGGAAAGUGUAUGUUUUCUUCCACUAAUUUACAUGGCAGAGGAAAGGAUGAGAUUUUGGGCACAUUAACCUUUUUGUGGUCAUAUGCAACAAAAUAUACAGACAGUAAAGACAGAAGCAAAACACACUGAAAAUAAUUCAUAAUUCAGUCAUGGUUUUUACUGUAGGAAGAGGUGGGAUGGCCAAAGGGAAAAAAACAGUUAAAUGAAGCAGUAGGAAUCUGUUUUUCAGGAAAUUCUUGUGUACAACCUAGUUCUGAAAAUUGGAUGAAUAGAUUUCUAACUUUAAGGGCUUUGAUUUUCACAAGCUAAAUGCAGAACUAAGUCUAAAAAGGCCCUUUAAAUUUCUGUCCUAAAAGAUACGUAGAGGGUGAAUUGAAAGCAUAAGCCACUUUCAAUAAAAACUGUGAUUGCUUUCUGCCUUCAAGAGGCCGGGAAAUAAAAAAGGCUCAUUUCUGGCAUCUUGUCUAUGUUUAGAUUUAAAUAUGACAUUCUGCACCUCUUGGGAAAAAAAAGAAUGUUGAAAUGAGCAGCCAGCAGAAGAUAUCUUCUCGUACAACAUCCUGACACCUGUACUUGUGUUAUGAGAGAGAGAGGAGCAAAAGGCAGCAGUGACUCAUCCAGUCAGCAUGGAUGCCAGACUUCUGCAAUGCACUCAGAGAGAAGGCCUUUGCUUUCUGCAGUCUCCAUGUGCAAAGAGCUAUUUUUUCUUCCUAUUAUUAGUUUUCUCCACCAAAAGAAGAUAUUGAAAGGAUCUGUGAACUGAAGACAGCCAGAAGACAGAAGCUGAAUUUGAAUGGUUUAGUGCUAAAUGCAACCCGAGAGGUGUACGUCUUCCACUGGGGCACUGAGGUCUAUCUUCAAUAAAUUCUGUCUGAGUUUUGGUUCCCUACCAUGUUCAUGCAUCAUGCCAUCUGCACCAUGAAACAGAAGUCAUUUUGUCUGCAUAGUAGCAGACAAAGUACUGACUACUAGCGUUAAAACCAAGGUGUUCCUUGAAGAAAAAAAAAAAAAAAAACUCAAAAUAAUAAAAUAAAUAAAUAAACUUUCCACAAAAUUACAGUGCAGACUUUGAUAAAUUCAGUGUCUGCACAGGAGACAGUAAACACAGUACAGUGAUGAAUAACUGUCAGUGAAGCUUGUAUGGUACUGUGAAGGAAGGGAAAAAUAUUUUAAUUCAUGAUAAACAGAAAUGAACUGUUUCCUAAGUUGGAGCAGGGCUUCAUGUUGGAGAAAAAUAGCAGUGAGCAGAACAACUAGAGAGAAUGCAUUAUCUGUACUGCUGGAGAUCUUCAUGGACAGCCUAUGCAGACUCCUUCUGGGCAGGUGUAAGAGACUAUUCUUUUAUAUCAUUGACUCAAAGUUUGCUGAGGAACAAGUCCAGGCAAGUCCUGGGCAAAGGCAGAGAAACACUGAUGGACAGGUCCUGGCUAAGG